UUGAGAAUAAAGAUAUUGUUAUUUUGAUAUAGAAAAUAAUUUAAUUUCUAAUCCACUGGUGCCUGACGUGCUCUUGCGAGUCGAAAAAUGUCGAAGCAACGCGCCACAGAACAUAAUAACAACGAUGUGAUUGACGUGGACGACGACGACGAGGACGAGGACGUGCAAUUUGUGGGAAUCGUCCGCCCCAUGACCACCAUUGAUCUCUGCCUGUCGCCUUCGACUUCCGCGGCGGCUGCAGCUGCCGCUGCAGGAGGAACUUUAGCAAGAGCUUCCGGAGGUGAUCCUCAUCAAGAUCCUUCAUCUCCUGCUGUGACCACACCCCCAGGUGUUGUCUCAGCCCCUACAACGCCAGAUGCAGCUGGCAAAAGCAUCAACGUGGAAGCAGCAACAACUACUUCUGGCGAGGAUUCCUCAUUACCAUUAGCUGCUGCUGGUGCCCUGGAGUGCCCCAUCUGCUUGCAAACCUGCAUCCAUCCAGCACGUCUCCCCUGUGGCCACAUCUUUUGUUUCUUGUGUGUUAAGGGUGUUGCCUAUAAGAAUCGACGCUGUGCAAUGUGCCGCCGCGAGAUCCCCGCCGAAUUCCUGGACCAUCCACAACUGGUUAAUGGCAUCGAGGACAUCUGCACCACGCGAGCUACGGAAGACGGAUACCAAUGGUACUAUGAGGGUAGGAACGGUUGGUGGCAAUAUGAUGAUCGUACUAGUCAGGACAUCGAGGAGGCCUUCAAGAAGGGCGACAAGUCAUGCACUAUCCUGGUGGCCGGCUAUGUCUACAUAGUGGACUUGGAGCAGCUCGUACAGCAACGCCAAAACGAACCCACUCGUUGUCGCAGAGUUAAGCGGGAUCUGGCCACCAUACCUAAGAAGGGGGUGGCCGGUCUCCGCAUCGAGGGCAAUCAGGUGACCAGUGACACCGUCUUCAGUAGGACAACCAGCACAGCCUCUCCAGCCACCGUGGCAGCAGCUGCCUCUAGUUUUAUAUCGACGAUUGCAGCAACGGAUGCGGCCAUUAGGAUUGCUAGCGACAUCAUCGGAUCCACGCUGGCACAUGCGGAUGAGCUCACUCGAGGAUUGACGGCCAGCAACAUUAGCGAUGACCCCAGCAGCAGCAGCAGCAGCAGCGGUGAGCAAACCAAUUCCACAAAUCCGCAGAUAGCAGGCCGCUCGCCUGCCUCCUCGCCGUCCUCAAGAUCAAUGCAGGACCUCAUCACACAGGACUUGAGAAAUACCCAACAGGUGAUUGCCCACAAUCAGCAUACCAUAGAUCUCUUCGAGCAGGCCUUGAACGACUUCCAGGCAUUAACUAUGCGCAACUACGUGGACACUAGCGAUGAGGAAGAUGAAAACGGAGCUCAGGAGCGAGAGCAGUUGGAGGCAGGCGAGCAGCCAAAGUCCACCGAUAAACACCAGGGAUACUAGAUAUUACAUCCAAUUGGCAGCUUAGCCCCUUAGCUUAAACCUGAAGAAAAGAUCAAUGUUCCUUUUAGCAGAUUUCACUAUACGGAAAAGGGAAUGUUAACUAGAGCAAUGCAGCGCGUACCUGAGAAUACAUAUAUCAACUAACAUAAAGAGCGUUGAACAGGAACAGAGUAGAGAGAGGGAGAAUGUCCAAACAGGGUAAAUCAACCGCACAUAUUUCUUAAUAUUAAAAAGAAAUGGGAAGGCAUAGUAAUAGUUUCAACGCCGGUUGAAAAUUCAUCUUCUUAUUUAAGGACUUUGUUUUAGCCCAUCAAAAUCUAAGAAGUGUAGUACAUGAAACCAAGUCACCAAAACACUUCAUGUAAUUGCUAUUAUCCCAUAGAUUCUGAUAUUUUUUGUAUACAAAAUUAUUUUAGCUAAAACUGCACACAUUUUUCCUACCCUUCCAAUAAUUAUAAUUAUAAAUAAUUAAAAGGACAUUGCAGUAUACUCAGGCAUGAGCUAUAAACGGGAUAUCAAAGUUAUCCACCAUUUUCCCUCGUUUAAAUAUUCGGUUCCUCGAAAGACCCGCCUCGUUGCUAGCUGACAGGAGAUAAAGAAGCAACCACCAGGAAAGCGUAGUGUGAAAACGACAAUAUACAAGUUUUGGGUUCCACUUGAAAGGGGUUGAAGUCUCCAAUUGAUUGAUUUUCAGUGCGUUUCUUCAAUGAGAAUGCCUUUCCUUUUGUUACAGACUAAUUGCAUUUACAAAACUCGCACUUAAAACUUACAGAAAAACAAACACACUACACUUUUGUUUCGAAUCUUCCACAUUUUCGAAGCGCACUGUCUAAAUUGGACAGUAUCUGACCCAGUAUUAAUUAUUAAGUCGCCUUUAAGUGCGUUAAGCAAACAAGUUCUGUGACAGUUGAAUAUAUUGAUAUUUGUAUUAAGUUAACAUAUAGAAGUAUUAAAAUAAAUAAACGGGUAGUAGCAGUAGUAAUGACCAUUAAUAGUGCUUAUGUAUAUUAUGUGCUCCGAAGGAUAUAUGUACAUGCAAACAAACGCCUAAAUUAAUAAUCUCAAUUUUGUGACUACUAUUUAUAGAUUCGUUUUCGAUAUGUAUCCCGCCAUUACUCCUAACAGCGAAAUGCGUAUUCGUUGCUUCCCUAAUAUCUACGAUAUACCUAAAGCUCUUCUGAAUCAACCCGACUCCCGACCUCGAAACAACCCCUCCCGGUAAUAUCAAUGAUUUUUAAAAUACUUACCCCUCAUCUAGUGACCCAACCAUUGCAAUGCUCAUUCCUAAACGCAUCCUCCUAUCGCAUUUCGCCCUUCUUUGAUCUUGAUAACGCUUCGCUAUCGCACAACUGACAAAGAAUGAAAUGGCCUUAAUAUCAUCAUUAGCAUCAAAUAACUGGAACACAGAUAUCAUUUCCCUGCAUUGUGGUGGCAGGUCUAAGAAAACAAUUAGUACUUAUUGAUCAUUUAGCUUAUCAACAAUCAAAACCAAAAUGUGCCAAGCUACAUUAUUUUAAAAAGCACUCGCUACCGGUUUUUGACAGCACCAAGAGCAUAUAAUUAAUAUUAACAGCACGUAGCAUCGUCUGUCUUUAUUAUACUUAAAUUAAAUUAAAUUAUUAAGCAUUUACAACUUAGUUGAUACAAAAUGUUUAAGAAAUAGAUUUUUGCUGAAUCUGAUUAAUGUCGAUUGUAGUAGUUUAGGUCCUAAGACAUGUCAAAUGUGUUUAAGUCUGGUAAUAAAAGCAAUUCACGAGAAAUGUGUGAAUUAUUAU